UAACAAAGAGAGCAAGGAGGAAGAGCUGUGGGGGAGCAGGUCCUUCCCCUGGGAGCCACACAGAGCGGAGGCACAGUCGCGGGUGCAGAAUGGUUGUUUUAUAACUGGGAUCCUCGGUGACGUAUGGCUGCCUGUUCCUUGGCAGCUGUCUUUAUGGACCAGUAGGCAGAGCGAAAUUGACGCUGACAAGACUUUUGCAUCUUGGAAGGGACUGUAAUCUACUGUAGUGAAGAACAGAGCCUUUCAAUCAGGCGGGUGUAAAUAAGAGACGGAGGGGAGUCCAAAGAAAAGGAAGAGGAGGAAAAAAAAAGUGUGUGUUGGGGGGAGCAGGGAAAAGCAUUUUUGGUGGAUGGUAUGAAGCCAGCCAUGGAAACUGCAGCCGAGGAAAAUACUGAACAAAGCCAAGAGAGAAAAGUGAACAGCAGAGCUGAAAUGGAAAUUGGCAGGUACCACUGGAUGUACCCAGGCUCAAAGAACCACCAGUACCAUCCUGUGCCAACCAUGGGGGACAGGGCUAGCCCCUUGAGCAGUCCAGGCUGCUUCGAAUGCUGCAUCAAGUGUCUGGGAGGAGUCCCCUAUGCUUCCCUGGUGGCCACCAUCCUGUGCUUCUCUGGAGUCGCCUUGUUCUGCGGCUGCGGGCAUGUGGCUCUCGCUGGCACGGUGGCCAUUCUGGAGCAACACUUCUCCACCAACACCAGUGACCAUGCCUUGCUGAGUGAAGUGAUACAACUGAUGCAGUAUGUCAUCUAUGGAAUCGCAUCCUUUUUCUUCUUGUAUGGCAUCAUUCUGUUGGCAGAAGGCUUUUACACCACCAGUGCAGUGAAAGAACUACAUGGGGAGUUUAAAACCACCGCCUGUGGCCGAUGCAUCAGUGGAAUGUUUGUUUUCCUCACCUAUGUGCUUGGAGUGGCUUGGCUGGGCGUGUUUGGUUUCUCGGCAGUGCCUGUGUUUAUGUUCUAUAAUAUAUGGUCAACUUGUGAAGUCAUCAAGUCACCGCAGACCAACGGGACUGCGGGUGUGGAGCAGAUCUGCGUGGAUGUCCGGCAAUAUGGUAUCAUUCCUUGGAAUGCUUUCCCGGGAAAAAUAUGUGGCUCUGCCCUAGAGAACAUCUGCAACACAAAUGAGUUCUACAUGUCCUAUCACCUGUUCAUUGUGGCCUGUGCUGGAGCUGGCGCCACCGUCAUUGCCCUGCUGAUCUACAUGAUGGCUACCACAUAUAACUAUGCGGUUUUGAAGUUUAAGAGUCGGGAAGAUUGCUGCACUAAGUUCUAAAUUGCAUAAGGCCAAUAAGGAGCUUUAGAGAGCUCUACUCUGUAGCGUGAAUAUCACUGACACUUCAGACUAAAGCAGAGUCUGUUUCUGCAGUUUUGUUACAGUAAUUUGUAAAUAGCUUCAGUUAACUCAUUCGCAUGUUAGAAUAAUAUGACUUACUAUACAUGAAUUACAAAAUAAUGAUGUGGCUAUUUCCACAUUUUGAAAAGCAUUCAGUUACUUACUGACAUUGGUGAGCAUCCUUUCAAAAACUUUCUUGAAAAACGUUGAGCAGUAUCUAAGUGAAGUAUUAAUGCUUUGACAUACCUGCAUUUUCCGUUACUUAUGCUUGCUUGAUAACCACUUUCAGUGAUGAAAAUGCGAACAAGUGCUGAAGAUGAAAAGAAAUGUUUUAAUCUGGAUUUUGUUUUGUUACUGUAGAAGAUAUUUUGCAAAUUUUAAAUUUGACUUAAAACAACUUUUUAUGAUCAUAUGGUUCACUACCAAAUAAAUGCCCCCACAAAUAAAGCAGAUGAAAAUUUGAAGGAAAAGGGUGUCACCCAUCUGAUUUCUCUGAAAAAGGAUCAAUGAAUUAUUUUUUUUUUGCAUAACACAAUCAUUCCUUUAGAGCCUACAAAAUUGGUAACCUUAAAUGGUUGUCUUUUGGUGAGUAGUAACUGUUUCUUCAUAGCUAGUUGUCAAAUGGCAUGUAAGAUUUUAAUGGGAAGAGAAAUUGGGCCUGAAUCUGAAGGUCUCAAAUAUGUUGUGAAGGAAGUAAGAAAUACAAGGAAAUUGAAAUAGAUUUAUUUUGCAGGAAAUAUGGGGAAAAUGGGAAAGAAGUAUGUGCCACAUCAAUUGUAAAGAAGGAUAAUGAGGAUUUUUACAUUUUGUGAAAUGAAAUAAUGGCAGUUAUAAAAUGAAAAAUAUAGUUUCACUACUAAAAAUUUGUUAAUUAAGAAACUGCAUGCUUUGCUUAUAUAGUUCUUAAUUUUGGUUUUGACAUUUAAUUUUUCCAUGUUAAAUAUGUAGUUUAAUUACUCAAAAUAAACAUUGUUCACACUUUUAGGUCUUUGGGGGAAUUGAUUUUUUUUAUCCACAGGUGGAAAAGAUCUUUGCAUUAUACUUAAUUAAAAUAAACAACGGGUUUCUGAACUUCUGCAUUAGUCUUUACAGUUAUCCUCAAAAUGGUAAAAAGCACUCUUAUGUUUCAUUUUUGCUUUUUCUUAACAAUAACUUCGGCCAUUUUCCCCCCAAGUUCACUAUAUUUGUGUACUAACUUUUCUUCAGCCUUUUAAUAUGAAGCCAACUAGUAGAGCAUGCUCUGUGUCUGACAGCUCUGCUAGCAGAAUGAGUAUUAAUACCGAAUAACCCUUGCCCCUUUACAGUUGAGUCCAUCUAAUCUGACUAGCAGCUUGCUUUGCCUUCUCACGUGCUCACUAGCCAUCAUGCUCACCCUUCUUUUCCAGAUCCACUUCCUCAUGAUACUGUCUUCUAACUGGGCUUACUUAAAGGAUGCGAGCAAAAUGCAGGCUUACCAGGAUAUCAAAGCAAAGGAAGAACAGGAACUGCAAGAUAUCCAGUCUCGGUCAAAAGAACAACUCAAUUCUUACACAUAAAAUGUUUGCCAGAGUGUUUCUGCCGACGAUUUUACAGCUCUGACAAAUCAUCAGCUGCUCUGCAGUACAGAUGUGUAUCCCACCAAACUAAUGUAGACGUACCAACAUUUCACUGUCUGUCUCGAGCUACUGGGAUGUAUCUCUAGGAAAACCUUCCAGUGGGUAAAUCUUUUUCUUUAGGACAAAUAUUGGAGGUUUCAUGUCAGCCAUUUUAAAAGGCAACACUUUUGACAAACUGUUCAUCCUUUGAAAAUCUGUGGCAUGUAUGUACUUAUUGCUAGAGCAGUUCUAUCAAGACAGGCAAUGGGAAUACAUCAUACUCCUUGAUAGGGACCUAUGACAUGCCAGCAUCAAGGGAUGUGACCAUAAAUUCACAUAUGCUAUCUGCCCUCAAAAAAUAAAAUCUACAUAGGAAAUAAAAUGGAAUUGGUAUAAAGUUCCAGUUCUGACAGCUGACAUUUAUUUAACUUGGGCUCAAAGAUAAUGUGAUUCCUAUGACUGACUUUAAAAAACAAAUUAGCACCCCUCAAUUCCAGGACCCAUAGGUUUCUCAUUAGCUGAGGAAAUCAAUUUUUCAAAAAUACUACAAAACGAGAGCUUACAACAAUUGUGCUGAACCUAACACAGAAGAAGCUGAAUUCUGACUUGGUGACAAGCUUUCCAGAAUCAGUUUUAUAAUAGAUUUCAUUUACACAAUGAUAAUGACAGUUUUCAUUCUUCCUGGGAAAUAAGCAUCAGCUCUGCCUUAAUGAGUAUUUACCUGAAAUUUCUAAGAAUUUAUAUAACCAGAGGCCCCAAACUCCUUCACAGAAUUUUGUUCCAUAAAUAUUUUUAAGAAGUGUUACCUUAUUAAAAUGACCACCAUUCUAAACCAUUUGUAAGUGGUCUGAAUGGUGAGUUUACAGUUUCAUAGCAACUAUCUAAAACCUAACUGCAAAUUGACCACAGACCUCUAACCUCCUACUUUUAUAGACUUGAAUACAUAAUUUAAGUUAGGGUUGGUAUUUAUUUCAUUUCAAUUCUUAUCUUGGUUUCCUGGAAUAAUGUUUAAUGUUCGGCAAGAAAACUGCUUGAGUUUAAGCCAUUUCAAAAGAAAUUUGCCUUCUAAGUCAUUGUGUUCCAGAACAUUAAGUGACUAUAGGUACUGGGUUUUAGUGAUGGUAAACUUUGUGUUGUUCUUUUUGAAAUGAUCCAUAUAGCUGUUGGGUGCAUCAGUGCUUUUCAAAGGGGCUGCAUACUAUAGGGUUAACUAUGUAUAUUCAUGUUAAGAGUUAACUUGUGGUUUGGCUGUUUCCUGGAUUUAAAAACAUACAUGUGCAGAAAUGUAUUCAAAUGAAAGGAAGCAUACCUUUAUCAAGAUGCUAUUAAAAUUGAACAUCAAGUAUAAUAUUUCAUUUGGAUUUUUUUUUUUUUUGGUUCAUGCCUAAAAAUGCCUAUUUGGAUUUUUGUUUUUUAAAUUGGAAGAAGCUCUCUUCUGUGUAGAACAGUUCCAAAGUAGCUUAGUGUUUUGUUUUCCUGUUGCAUGACAGACUUAAAUAUUUUUUUUUCCAGCAGUGAGGGUGCUGUUAGAGUCCAGUGUUUUAGAAGAGGCAGUGUCUAAAGCCUAAUUUUACUUUUCUAAUUCUGGUAGCUAUUACCAGGAAUUUUUGAAAGUUUUGUUGAAGUAGUCUAAUAUUUUUUAUGUAAAGAGCAUUAAAUUUUGCUAUGUAUAAAUUUUUGUAACCUAACAGUGAAUCAAUAUUUUCUAUCAGUGCCAAGGGCUUCCUGUAGUUCUAUUCAAGUGUUACAAUAAAUAUUUGUAGAUAAUAGUCAAUACUUGUGUAUGCUUAUUUUAAAGAUCUAUUUAGGUGGAAAUAGUUGUGGAUGUACUAAGAGUAAUGAAAUAAAAUUAUGGCUUCAUUUGCUUGCCUUUUUACCAUA